CGGCAAUGCACUCACUGCCAGUGAACUGACUCCACGACACCUUCAGUUACUUUACGGCACUUUGUGGGACAGUCGCAAAGCAAGUGGCUUGCUUCCGGAGAAAGGUUAAAUCGACGACUGCAAAACACGCAUCGCCCCCCGAGCCCCGUCAGUCGGCACCAUGCCCUUUCUGGACCUGCAGUCGCGUCUGGGCAUCAACAUCGACCGCUGGGCGCUGCUGCGGACCAGCGAGCAGCCGUACAAGCGGGCGGUCCGCUGCCACGCGUUCGAGAAGGAGUGGAUCGAAUGCGCCCACGGCAUCGGGCAGACACGCGCCAAGGAGGAGUGCCGGGUGGAGCUUGAGGACUUCUACGAGUGUCUGCACCACAGGAAGAUCUUUGAGCGUCUGUUGGCCGUCCGCCAGCAGCGUGACAAGAUGGUGAAGGAGGGCACGUACACGCCGCCCCCCUGCCACACGGGCCAGGCAGACCAAGCCUAAAUUGGAAACAUCUUAAAUUGUCCCUUUUUCUUCCUCCAUGUGCUCAUUUACAAAAUAAAAGUCAUCACCUCCA